AUGAAGGAAAAAGCGUUGAGAACCAAGAUAGAUGAAUUAGUCGCAACACUACAGCAACGUAUAGACAUUGUUACAGCAACAGCAGUUUCUCAAUUUGAGCAAGAGACAGAGAACAAUUACGCAAAGCUCGAUUAUUUGAAAGCCCAUUUCAAGAAAGAUGAUAGUAUAAAUGACUGGUUGAAUGAUAAACAAGAGUUUACAGAGAAAUUAGAUAAAUUAGAGUCUCAAAUAACGGAACUCAGUGACCUGGCUGAUGAAUGGGAAAUUUUUAUUAAAGAGUUACUACUUACCGAUGCAAAACUUUGA